CGAACAUCUUCCAAUUUUAACAAGUAAAAAUUUCCAGCGUAAAAAUUAACAAUGUUCAAAAUUGUCGCGUACGUAGUUCUUCUGGUCGCUUUGUCAUCCGCCCUGCCGAUGGAGGACGAGUAUCAAAAUGGCGAAUUUAUCCAAGAAAAGUUGACCAAAUGGAAGUGUCACAAAGGCUUCAGCGGGGUCAUGACGGAGGACAUGAAGAAAGCCAUCGAAACCUGCAAGGCCAAAAAAAUUAAGGCGAAAUAUUGUUUCAAAGCCUGUUUUGCCGAGGAGAUGAAAUUCUGCAGGAACGAAACAUUGGACGAACCCAAGCUCAAAAGCCACCUUAAAGAAAUGUUCGACCAGAAUGAACCACUCUCCGCAUCGACCGAAGCCAAGUGGAUUGAAGACACCAAAAAAUGCAUUGCCGACUUUAAGAAAUCUGGGAAAAAGUUUCCAAAGGAAUUCACCGGUGAAUGUAAAGAACUCGAAGAUUUCAGCAAAUGCAUGAUGGAUUCUCGGGUAAUAAUUUUAUUUUAUUCAGAUUUUUCAUAUUUUACAGAUUUUUGUAAUUUAAUUUUUUCUCCCACUUUUCAGGAAUGCCGUUUAAAGGAUUAA